CGCCUUGGUAAGGGAUUUAAAGAAUAUCCGUGCCCUACGUCAGGGGCGCACAGUGGAUCCGCUUCCUGGUGUGUAAAUAGCAAAUGGCGAGGCAAGCGGUCUUGUUGACUGACGGCUGUGCCGUUAGUCAUGAUCGUUCUAAUAUAAAUAUAGCCCAUAGCCCUCAGUCUGAGCGGGCAUUUAUUUUGCAAGCGUCAAAGUUGCAGCACGCUACAAGAACGGCUGACGGAUAGAGUGAAAAUUCUUGGACCCUGCGGCUCUCCUGGAUCCAGGUUUCUGCGUGUCGUACAAGACAAUGGGCGGAGACUGGAAUCCAAUUGGCUGUGGCAAGCUGGUCCUGCUUCUCUUUCUCAAUGUUCACGCCUGCAAGAAUUUGGUUCGCUGUGGAGCUCCCCCUGUUCGCGGAACAGACUGCUCUCAGAUCAAGAGUCAACACCCUGAAGCCGCCAGUGGCAUGUACAUGAUUCAACCUGCAGGUGUCCCAAAACCUUUCAAGGUGUUCUGCGAGAUGCGGUCGGACGGCGGUUGGACCGUGUUCCAGAAGCGUUCGGGAGGAAAAGUGUCCUUCCAGAAGAACUGGCUCGCCUACAAACGCGGAUUCGGGAACCCUCACAGCGACCACUGGCUGGGGCUCCAGAAGCUGUGGGCGAUCACCAAAGCGGGGGGCAGUCGAUGGGCCCUGAGGGUGGACCUGUGGGACUUCGAAGGGGGGUCUGCGUUUGCGGAGUACAGCGACUUCAAGCUGGGAAGCGAGAGCCAGGCCUACAGGCUGAGAGUGGGGGCGUACCGAGGCACAGCAGGCGACGCCAUCCGCGGGCUCCACCUCCCCGCCGGGAACGACCAGAACGGCCGCGGCUUCAGCACCCUGGACCGGGACAACGACGGCUGCGCGCCCUGCCUGUUCGGCGACAUCGCCGUGGACGAGUGCAGCCGGGAGGAAGGGCGAGGGGGCUGGUGGUACAGCCGCUGCGGGUCGGCCAGUCUCCACGGCGACUGGCACCCGGCCGGCGACAACCGGGGCUGGGCGUCCGGCCUCCACUGGGGCACCUGGAAGGGCCCCGCCCCUUACUCCGCCCGCGCCACCCGCAUGAUGGUGAAGGCUCUGUACUAGAGCGGAACGGAGAUCGCCGACGGCCGUGACCCAUAAUGCACCUAGGUGUCAAUCAAUCUCCUCCCCCCCGCGGAAAGGGGUUUGUAUCGCUUUAAAGCCUGCCGUUCUUCCAACAAGAAUUAAACCGCUCUGUGAUUCUCACUUCUUUUGCAGCUUCAUGUUAUAAUGCGCUGAAAUCAUCUGUAAUGAUCAGUCUAGACUGAUUAAUAACCCACACCCAUGUUAUUGAUAACUGCAUUAACCUUCUGAAACAGUUUUAUUUUUUUAUUCUAUUUUUUUGCUAAUACUUAAUGUAAACAUGAGUGAUAUAACAAAAAGUAAAUGGUUUGCACUCCCAAGAA